AUUUGCCACACGGCGGCGAGCUUGGUGACGCGGAUGCGAUGCGCGUGAACUGACGGUGUCAGCUUCGUGAACGCGCGCAAGAGCAGCAAUGGCCGCUUUGGAUCGGCGAAAUCCUAAUCUCGACGAUUUUGUCGGAUUAAACUGGAGUUGUUGGGUAGAUAGGGUGAAUAUUUUACCAUCUGACGCUGGGUCCAAGGCUGAAGACAGCAGCAAGUAUGGGAGGAACUGCUCUGAGACAAUGACCCUCAGGAAAGAAGAUAUGCACAUAUAUGGCUACUGCCCGGCACACGAUGAGAUCUAUCUGGUGGUGUGCAGCCACUGUGGGGAGGUGGUGAAGCCUCAAGCCUUUGAGAAGCACUGUGAGAGGCGUCAUGGUCCUCUCACCAAGAUGUGUGGACAGUCGUCUACGUUGGCUCCACAGCAGCGACCUCGCCCUGGUCUCCCUCUUUCAAAUGUGUCUUCCUCUAGAGAGAGGCAGAAGGAUGGCAGGUGUCAAGAAGCGAGUGGCCCCUCUUCAGCUGCGUUACCUGUCCGCCAGCACAGGCCUAACAAGGCCCAGAAGGAGACAGUGAGUUUUCCGACAGUAGAGAAGCUCCCUCAGGAGAACCUUCCCCUCCCACAACACACCUUGUCCACGCCUCGCCCCAGGGUUCCUCUGUGGCUCCCUGGACCUCUGCCCCCUGGCCACUGUUCUUCCUCCACUUCUGCACCAGAGAGACCCUCUGCACAGAAAUCCACAACCGGGCAGUCCAUAGAGCCACACACUCCUCUGCGGGGAACGAGAACCUACAGCCGGAUCUACAAAAACACUGAUAAGAAAGAAUGUGGCCUGAACAAACGCUGCGCUGUUCUGGAUCCAGAAAGGAAGAAGCUGUGCAGCCAGGAGCUUAUAUGCAACACUGGUUCCAUCCAACAGCAGCAGAAAGCGAUGGGAAAGACUAAGACCUUUGAUCAGCUCGCAGUGGAGCAGAGAACAGCCUCAGAAGGUCGAGACAUGGAGCAGCUUCUUGUCAAACCGAAAGACAAAGAGCAUUUGGAAGCUUUUGAAGAUAAAAAAACAACUCAGGGCUGUAAAUACAACUUUAACAGCAAUGUCCACAUUCUCAGCAGGACCAGGGAUCCCUCUGAAAGCUUUCCAGACGAGGAAGGUGACAGCACUGUGGAAGUGGAGGUACAGCCUCCCUAUCCAUUCAACCAGAGCCUGCUGUCAAGCGAGGAGAGUGAAGAUGAUGAGCAGGAGGAAGCCACAGACCUCCCUGCCACACCCUGGCACCCUAAACCUCUCGGGCUAUGCACUUUUGGAUGCCGCACGUUGGGAUGCAGCAUCUUCACCUUCGACCGGCGCUGGCAACAUCUGCGGUUUGCCCUCAGUACCAUGUUGGAGCACCAUGUCAGCACACACUUGUGGAAGAAAAUGCCUCAAGUAUCAUCCGGUCUCAGGUCACGGCAUGUCACACCUCCAACUGUAGGAUCACCUGUUUGGACAGGAGCCAGACCCUCCAAAUCCACUGGCUCCGUUAGCAACGAGUCUACCUCACUGGGACAACUGGAAACCAAAAGCAGUCACAGUACCAAACCACCUUCUUCUCCUGUUGGACGACCUGGCAAGGUUCGUCUGACUGAGACUGAGAUUAUGCAAGAUACGAGCGCAGCACAGAAAGCUGCCAAGCUGUCACAAAGCGCUGAGGACAAAUCCUCCAAGUACAUCAGGGACUCCCCCCUCCACGAGAAGAGCCAGCCACAUGUGCCCUCCUCACAAGGACCAAUAAAUGGUAUCUUGUCACAUGGAAAGAAGCCAUGUCCUCCUCUCCACCGCUCCUCCCGCAGCAGAGUGAGGCCCCCAGGGAUUCAGCAGAAGGUGGUGGGCUAUGACCACAGGGGUCUUACCCAGAAGCGCAAAGGCAGCAAUGAGUCACAGGCUCUAUGCUCCACACUAUCCAGAACCUCCAAGUGUCAACGCUUGUCCUCCCCCUCCCACUCCAACCUCCUUGCCUGGAAGGGAGAGAAUAUCGGGGAUGUGCUCGCUUGGGGCCUGGAUAAAAGAUCCAACUCUUAAAGAGUGACAGUUGUUUACUUCUCAUCUCUGCAGCCAAUAAAGAGACCAGCCUUAAAUAGACCACAUGGAGGAGAGGCCUGCUGCAGGCUGUACCUGCCGCCAGGAUAGUGUGAGUGUGUGAAUGUGCUUGUUGUGUGUUUGUGUGUAUGUUUCUGUCCACAUUUGUUUAUGUCUUCAUAUUUUUAUGCACUGACAUCAGGAAUAAAUAUUUGUCAGUAUAUUACCAUAUACAUGUGUAUUUUUUACAAAAUUGCUAUUUUUCUAUGUGAUUAAAUGUGUCAGUUUAUUACCUGUGUAAGAAUGAAAAAUACCUCAUACUGCGUCAUGCUGCUAAAAUGACUAUUCAUGGCAAAGCAAUUAAAACUUCUUGAAUCCUA